AAAUUCUAAACAAAAACGAAAAUAUUUGAAAUCGUUUUCUAAAACAAUUUCAAAUGAUAGUUCAAGAGUUCAUUCGGUACAGGACAAUCAGCAUGUUUCAAUUCCACAGGUUUCUACACUGCUUAAUAAACUGCGUCAGGAAUCUCGACCUAAAAACAACCAAAGAUCAACUGAGACUUUACCGACACCAGCAUACAAGUACUUAAUGAGAGAUUAUUUAAAUCAAGUUGAAAGUGAACAGAGGGAAAGGAUUGAAAACGAUCUGAGACUACGUGUAUCAGGCCCGUUACCACCCAAAAGUUGGCGAGGUGCGUGGUAUUCCGAAGUUAACUUGAAUGAAUGUGGUAAAUUAAAAUCGCAAAUUGAAGUACGAAAAGCAAAGAAAAGUGCUUGGAAUGGACUAUCGUCUUCCAAUGUUGAUCUGCCAUCACUCACUACUAUUUGCAUAAAUACAAUAGCCAUAAACAUCAAAACUUAUAAUUCAUGUCCAUACUUUUCAAAUUUGCCUACACAUCUGAAACAAAAUAUUCUUUCCUCUUUAAGCAUACACAACCCUCUUACCGAUGAUUUGCUCAAAUUGUUUGUAUCUGAUUCGGAAUAUGAUGAAUUAGAUCUAUCAAAUAGUAGCGUCUCUUUGGAAUGUCUGAAAAGUGAUGAUACCGAUUUUCUAUCAUUUCGAUAUUUUAAAUCAUUGGAUUCUCCCUCAGUUGGGGAAAAGCCUGUGAAAGAUUCUAGAACGUUGCCUACUAGAUUUAUUUCUAAAGUUCCUGAACUUCGCAGAUUAAAUGUUGGUUUUACUUGCAACAUUCCUAUCAUUCCAUUAUCCAAAUUAGUUACUUCAACUAUUCCACUGCUUAGCCACUUAUCAAUUGCUGGUUGUUCUAAUUAUGAGGACGGUCCUCAAGCAUUGAGGAUUUUUAGCACAAGCUUGAUAAAUCUUGUUUUUCUUGAGAUAUCCCAUAAUGACUGGGUAACUGAUAAUGUAAUUUUGCAAUGUAUAAAUUGGGAUAGAGAUCUUAAAUACUUAAAGAUGCUGCCAAAAUCCGACGAGGUUAUGGCAUUGACAAGUCAACCCGAUGGUGAUGAGUUGACGACACAAACCACACCACAACAGGCCCAGACGGACUCUGAUCCACUACCACAAGCUUCGUCAUCAGAGGAGCAAGAAUCGACAGAGCCAAAAAUUUUAUCGACUAACGAUGAAGUCUUAACGCAUAUAUCAGAAAUGAACCAACUCACAAUUCCUUGGCCAGAAGUUAAAGAUAUAAUUAGAGAGAGAUUUGAAAAGAUUUGUCAGGAAGCACCAUUACUGAUUGCAAUAAAUGGUGCAGACCCCGAACAAAUCGAUAAAGUUAAAGCAGAGAUAGAAGAAUAUAAACAAAAUAUUAACAAAAUGCUCGAUGAAUUUGAGAGACCACCAUUCACCAUUCAAAGAACUGCUGAGUUGUUACUGAGACCUUUUCAGCAUCAUAAAACCUUGAUUAAAUGGCUUCGGGCUUUAGAAAAGGUAUUAAUGGUGCAAUCUUCUGUUGAUGAAUUUCCGCCAGUUUUAAAUACCACUAUGGUAACAGAUAGACUAGAGAUAAUGGAUGUAACCACUUCUCCAAAGUUGGUUCCAAUUACGUUUGCUCCUAAAAUAGAGGCUGUGACAAAAGAGGAAGGCAAGGAGGCUGAUUUGGAUACUGAUGUUAAUGAAGAUAGUGGUGAAGUUUGUGAAGAAGGUAAUUCAAGUGAAUUGACAAAAUUAGAGAACUCGAUAGCUGGAGAAGACCAAAACCCUGCAGAUAAUGCUGAAGACGCAGAAACAAAAGAAUCGCCUGUUGUUACGGAGGUAAGUGAAGGUCAGGGACCAGUAGCAAUGGACACCUCUGAUUAA